AUGUCUUCAAGCACCGUUCACGUCGCGAACAUCUCGCCCAAGACCACCGAAAAGGAGGUCAGAGAUUUCUUCAGCUUCUGUGGGAAAAUCACCUCGCUGUCGCUCACUCCAAGCAGCGGAGAAGCUGAUGCUACCCAGUCAGCAACCGUAUCAUUCGAGAAAGAGACUGCCUCCAAGACUGCUCUUCUGCUAGAUCAAACACAACUUGGCCCAUCUGCAGUCCAUGUCACUGCUGCACCAAGCAUUGGUCAAUUGGCCGGUGAAAAGGCCACCACAGCCCAUGGAGCAAGAGACGAAGCCAACAACCACCUGGAGCAGGAAGAUAAGCCACGCUCUCGCAUUUUUGCCGAAUAUCUCGCCCACGGCUACGUAAUUAGCGACCAGGCCAUCGAGAAGGCCAUCGGCCUAGACAAGACCCAUGGUAUUUCCGCACGAUUCAAUGCCGUUCUACAAAACUUCGACACCAAGUACCAUGCCACCGAUAAGGCUAAGGGCAUCGACGAGAGCUACGGUCUCACCGACAAGGCUGUUAGCGGAUGGCGCGGACUGAGCUCUUACUUCGAGAAGGCUCUCGAUACCCCCACUGGCCGAAAAAUAAGAGACUUCUACCUCCAGAGCGACAAGCAAGUGAGAGACAUCCACACCGAAGCUCGCCGCCUCGCAGAUUUGAAGAAGGCUUCUUCCCCAGAGUCAGCCAUGGGAGAGCACUCAAAAACUGCAGAGGGUGCCCCAACCGCCCCAACCGGCGUUCCAGUCGGUGACCCUUCUGCCCCUGCAACUGCUGCAGGCACUACCGUUGAACCAAAAAAGCAGUGA